GAAAUGCCGAAAACAUCCAUAUUCAAGACUCGGGUUGGUACCGAGUUGCUUAUGGGUAAGGUAGUCAAACUGAGUAAUAUUGGUAUCAACCGUAUUCCUUGUGCGCAGGUUCGAUGCAGUAUGAAUGAAUUCAACAUCUAUUUGAAGAAAUAUUUUGCUCACUCAUUUGAGUUUUGGGCUCUGGAUAAGCAAUCGAAGGGAAAUCUUGGCGAUAUGGUUUUGAUUCGACGAAUUGGAGUAGAUGAAAGGCCAACCACAAAUGUAGCUCAUGCAAUUGAUCGUGUAGUAUUCAAGUACGGUAAUAUCAUUGAUCCCGUCACUGGGAAACGAGUUAUCAAGGAUGAAUUUUCCGAUGAGAUCGAAUUGCGCAAGAAACUUGUUGGAGAGAUCAUUGAUGCUCCAUUCGAACAGGACGCCUUAUUAUUCGACGAAAGACGAGCAAUUCAACGGCAAAUUCUCGAAGAGAAAAAAGCUAGCCUUGAAGAAGAAGAAGAAAAAGAUUUGUCAAAGGCUCGAUUUGUAAAAGUGCACAGCUAUCUUGAGGAGCGAGCAGCACAAGUUGCCGAUCUGCUACAGGUAGUAGACAACUCUAAUCUCAUUUCCGGCGAAGUCACAAAGGGUCCAAGGACUGCUGCACAACGACUACCACGUCAUAUGAGAAGGUGUGUUAGCAGUUUUGCUCCUUGA